AUGCGGACCGUCAUUUCCACCGACUAUGUGGUCACAGACCGAGGGGGCGUCAUUGAAAACCGACAUGGCGUACAUGCCGCCGUCGUUGAUUCAAGCGGCCGUCUCUUACACACCGUCGGUGAUCCCUCACGACUCACACUCGCCCGGUCUGCAGCCAAGCCCGCUCAAGCACUCGCGAUUGUUGAAACGGGCGCACUGGAGAAAUUCGAUCUCGACAAUGCAGACCUCGCCUUGAUCUGUGCAUCUCACAGCAGCGAAGAGCGACACAUUUCUCGGGCGCGAAACAUCCUCGCUAAAAUCGGCGCUCAUGAAGAAGAACUCCAGUGUGGUGGACAUGUUCCGCUCUCAAAAGAUGUGGGCCGCGCUUGGAUCAAAGCAGACUUCAACCCGACUGCGAUCUGCAGUAACUGUUCUGGCAAGCAUGCGGGCAUGAUUGCUGGAACCAAGGCUCUCGGCGCAGAUGUGCAGACUUAUCAUUUGCCCACGCACCCCAUGCAAGUUCGAGUGAGAGAAACUGUUGAUCAGGUCUGCGGUCUCGAUGAGGGCAAUUCGAAAUGGGGACUUGAUGGGUGCAACCUUCCUGCGCCUGCCUUUCCACUGCAUUCUCUGAGUCGCAUGUAUGCUACUUUUGCUGCCGGGGCAAGCGAAGAUGCAUCGAGUGGCUCCACAGACUCGAGGGUACGGGCACUUGGUCGAGUCUUUCAUGCCAUGUCACGUAAUUCAGAGUUCGUCGCCGGUGACCAGCGGUUCUGCACAAUCCUUAUGACGGCAUUUGAAGGAAUGCUCAUAGGCAAACUUGGUGCCGAUGGCUGUUACGGGAUCGGAGUCCGAGCAUCGGCACAGACCAAAAGGCUAGGAUCAAAUGGUGCGCUAGGCAUUGCUGUGAAAAUUGAGGAUGGAAAUAUCGACAUUCUGUACUCCGCGGUUGCUGAGAUCUUGGAGCAGCUCGAAAUCGGCGAGCCUCGAAUGAGACAGGCUCUUGCUCAGUUCCGCACCCGCGAGAUCAAGAAUACUGUGGGUGUCGUUACAGGGCAUGUCUCACCCCAGUUCAUGAUCCGGCCUUAUCAAAGGUAA